AUGGAACGACAGAUCUGCGACUACCACCCAGCUACAAUGGCAGAGAUGGUCAUGAUGCAACAAUAUAUGAAUAAUCAUCCCAACCACUGGACUUCCCAAAUGCCCCAUGAAACCAAUACGGGUAUCUACCACGGAUUCCCCCUUGAUUCCUGUGGGGACUACGCUUCCCCAAUCUUCAAAGGUCCAAAUUAUUCAAACUCCUUAUACGCACCUCCGGAAACCAUGUUGGGUUUUUCUUCAGAUCACUAUUCCCUGAAGCCAACCGAUGAUAAGGACAACUUGCUCUCGAAAAGCCUUCCAUCCAAGAUGCUACUGCUUGCAGACUGCUACUACAGAGCUGCAGAGAGAGAGAGAGCGAUAGAAUUCACUGAUAUCCUCUCUCUCCCUCCCUCUCUCUCUCGGGACGCACUGAGGAAAGAUCUCUAUUACUCCCCUCUCACCACUCACCUCACAACUGAUAUAAUCUAUUAUGGCAACUUAGAGUUGGAUAUCGGCUACAUCCAGCUUGGCAGAUCAGUCGCAAUUCAACAUCGAGAAUUUGGCGAACAACUUUCACAAAGCAGUAGUGGAGGUGGAAAUCUCGACCACCAGUCCAAGACGGAUGUCGCUGGGACAGAAGAGCUCGGUGGUAGUGCGGACUCUAAAGUUGUCAAUGCAGAGCGUAGACGAUUGUCCUCUCCCAACUCCGAUUCCAUUAAUAAUAGACAAGAACCCUAUCUAAAUCCAAAUGACCCCAAUCAUAAUACCAAUGGCACCAGCAAUCAGAAUAUGAAGCCGACUCAAGUAGCAUUAGGCGUACACAUGCAGUUGGAAACAAUCACUUAUGAGAUGGAUGUUAUUGGAGCUGAGGGUAUUGAAAAGGAAUCGAACGAGGGCGGUUAUUUGUUUGCUAGAGGAGGUCAAACAAAUUCUUCUUGCUUGGUUAUGCCGAAAAUGAUCAGUUAA